AUAGAUAGUACAAAAUCACUGAGAUGCGGAUAUUUACAAUUUAGACCGGAUUUUCUACAAACCUUCAAUACAUCAAAAUGGCUGCUACUGAUUUUAUGUUUCUACAGUGUAACUAUGAGUAUGCAAAUCAUUGGUUUUCGUGGUGUCGUCAUUCCACAGGUAGAGAAGAGAUUUAAUAUGACAUCUGCUUAUAUAGGCUCUAUUAUGAGUACUGUUGAUAUUUCUGGAGGUAUAUGCGGUGUUUGGUUAGCGUACUGUGUUGGCCAACAAAAUAAGGGAAAAUGGGUUGGCUAUGGUGUCGUCAUCACUGCCUUAGGCUCCCUUAUUUUUAUUAUACCUCACUUCGUGGCUGGACCUUACUAUUAUGGUUAUAAUGCUAUUACACAAAACAGUACUGCUGCCGAUUUAUGCUCUUUUAACUCAUCAGGUUAUAACACUUCAGCAGCUGAUUGUACAAGCUUGAGUGACAGUGGCAACUCUUGGAUUUAUCCGACGUUAUUUGUAGUUGGACUGAUAUUCACUGGUGUAGGUGCAAGCAUUCAAUAUAACGCUGGUAUUUCCUACUUGGAUGAAAACGUUAGUCCACGAGCUUCUCCCCUCUACAUUGGUAUCUACCACACAAUGGGAAUAGUUGGGCCAUCACUAGGAUAUGUAUUUGGAGGUGUAUUCAGCAAUGUUUUCAUCGAUUGGCCUGCAUCUCCAAAAGAUUUAACUCCAGAUGAUCCGAGAUGGAUCGGUGCCUGGUGGCUGGGCUACCUUAUAUGUGGAUUAUUUUCAUUGGUUUCUGCCAUAUUUAUCAUUGGAUUUCCAUAUCGUCUACCAAGUUAUGAAAAGAGCAAGCAGAAACGUCAAGCGUUGGCUACUAAAACUAGCAAGGCUCCUACCGUUAAAGAUGAUAGCUCACAAUUAACUGCUUUUCUGAAAUCUUUCUACUGCAUUAUAAGUAAUCGGAUAUUUUUGCUAGCCGCCGUUGGUUUGACAAUUGACCAAAUUCCAGUAAUAGGAUUGGCCACAUUCUUACCAAAAUUUAUUCAGUCACAAAGUGGUUUUUCGUUACUAGUCUCUACAACCAUUGGAGGAGCCGGUGUCGUUAUCAGUGCUGCCAUUGGCCAAAUCCUGGGUGGUUAUAUGAUGAAGCGAUGGAAUCUUAUUGGAUCACAAAUAUCUCGAUAUUGCUUUUACGUUUGCAUCGUAAAUGUCUUAUUUUCGUUUGUGCUUCUCAUACAUUGCAACAGUCCAGUUAUUGCUGGUAUUAAUGCAAAAUAUCCCUCCCCUCUGGCGAACGUAACUAUGCUAGCAAUUUGCCACCAAAAUUGUGCUUGCAAUGCUAAUGUCUUUAAACCAGUAUGUGGUGCCGACAAGUUGUCUUAUAUAUCACCCUGCCUGGCUGGUUGUCGUGGGUCUUCUGAGCUUCAUCUGGUCAACAAGAUUGGCAACUAUGCGUAUUCAAACUGUAGUUGCGUUAACGCAUUUGUUGAACAAACAGCCAAAGCUGGAUUGUGUCCAAUGGAUGCUUGCCCUGCCCUGUAUCUACUGCUGGCUGGGAUAAUCCUUUUAGUAAUAAUUACUUUCUUAUCAUUUUCUCCAACUAUUUCGAUAAUCCUGAGGAGUCUACCAGACAAUCAAACUGCAUUUGGAAUGGGAAUCGAAGGACUAAUUUUUAGAAUUGGUGGAGGACUCCUUGGUCCAUUAAUUUUUGGUUUUUUAAUGGACAAUUCUUGUACGUUUUGGAAGGAAGAUUGUGGCAAGAAACAAUUUUGUUGGCAAUACGAUAAUGCAAAGUUAUCUCUAUACACAUUUUUAGCUGUAGUUUUGGUCAAAGGACUUAAAUUAGUUGUAUAUGGAUUCCUGUGGUAC